GAAAUUAGUCAGAAGCCUGUAGGAUCAGUGUAAUCAGUUCAGGUGUACUGUGCUAACGAAUAUAAUAAUAUACUAUAUCAGGUAUAAUAUUACACAUUUGCUGCAUUGGUGUCGCAACGCUCGUUCGAACAACAGUGCAUAUAUUAUUUCGCAUCCGUAUUGUGCUUUCGAAGUUCAGUAGUCGUUCCGGCGGUGCACUACUCAGUCGCCGACAUCCUAAAUAUUUCGACAGAUCGACAUUAACAGUUUAAACUAUCGAAUCCGCGCCGGUUUCACCGACCAACAGGAGACAUAUAUAAGAAUAUACAAUUAUUAUUCACGUCGACACCGCCAUCACGCGCUUUCCCGAAGUCUUGUCUACCGUUUGAUCGCUAAUAACCAGCAGUUAACAAUGUUGAAAUCCAGUAUGUCGUCGAACAAGAUUCUAUCGUUGGACGAGUGCAGAAAGCCGUCCAUGAAGAUGCUCGCCGCUUUCGGUUUGGACACAUCGCCGCUGUGCGCGGAGACGUGUGCGCUAGCCGAACGCGAAAUCCGUGAAACCCCGGAACAGGCGCAGAAGUCGUUGGCCGAACUCCGCCAGUUGCUCGAAGAAAGGAAUGAGUUGACGUACAAAGACACCGACGAAUAUUUGACGAUAUUCUUAAGACCAACCCAUUUCUACGCCGAGAGUGCAUACAAUUUGAUGAAGCGUUUAGCUACGUUUAGAGACAAAAAUGAAAAAAUUGUCGGUAACCCUUUGCCAAGAGAAGAGAAGAAAUUGUUCACUGAGAAUAACGUUGUCAAUGUACUCGUCGACAGAGAUCAAAAGAACAGGAGGGUCUUAAUCAUAAACAUGGGAUCUGCUUGGGACCCGAAAAAUCUUAACAGCGAACAGUUGUUCAAAGUCCUUUACCUGAUCCAAAUCGCAUCAUUGGUGGAAGAAGAGACUCAAGUCCGUGGUGCUGUCAUUAUCAUCGAUUUCCACGGGCUGUCCACCAAACAGGUCAUGGCCAUGUCACCGUCAUUUGCAAUGACAUUGCUUCUUUACAUCCAAGAAGCCAUGCCACUUCGUAUGAAGGAAGUACAUAUUGUUCGUCAACCAUUCUUGUUUAACAUGGUGUGGCCAAUGUUCAAACAAUUUGUCGGUGAAAAACUCAAGAAACGUUUGUUUUUCCACGGAAAUAAAAUGUCGUCUUUGCAUAAGUACUUGGACGUUAACAUGCUCCCCGGAGACUAUGGUGGCAAGAAACCCAAGUUGAACUAUUCGAGCGCCGAUUGGUACCCUGUGUUGCAAGAUCUCCAGAGCUACAUUGCAGAUUGGAAUACGUAUGGAUUGAAAAAGUAAUGGAGACAUCAAUCAAAAACGGCUUAUGAAGUUGUUUAUCACUCGAGCAGUAAACUGAAUACGAUAUUCUACAUAUUUAUUGGAACUCAUAGAAUAAUAAUAUUAAUAAUAAUAAUCAAAAAAUAAAAAUCUUUCAAUGGUAGCAAUAUUAUAUGGGACUAGAUUUAAUGAGUUUUAUAAUAUUAUUAUCAUAUUAAGUUUUAAUGGUACCACUAUGAAGGGCAAGGUGUUUUAAAAAAAGCACGGUUUUAAUUCAUUUGCGCGUUUUUUGUAAACCACAAACUAAGUCUUCACCUCGAUGUUGUCAUAAUUUUUAAUAUUUAUUUAUUUAAUAAAAAAGAGCCAUUAUAAUUUAUAAUAGUAUUUACAUAGAUAUG